AUGGGAACGCGGGGAGCAGCCAGUCGGCUGAGGCUGCAGCGCUGGGAGUAAUGGAGAGACUGCAGCUUUAACACAGUAUUAAACUAAACCAGAGGAGAGGAGCUCCAGCUACUGCCGCAUUCGGACCAGGAGAGACCCGGGACAUGGUGUGUAUGUGUCUGUAAAGAAGCUUUCAUCUGAAGACCUCAGAAGAUCCUAAGCUCAGAUUGAGAGUAAAGCCUCCAGCAUGGAACAGGAGGACUUCCCUCCCCCUCCUCCUGACUUGCUAGAUGACGAAGAGGAGGGUGAGCAGUUUGAGUUUGAUGACAGCUGUGAUGAAGCUCCUGAAGCUGACCGCCUCCCCCCGGCUCCUCCUGCACAGGACUACGGUGCUCCAGACCACACUGGGGCAGCAGGAGCUUCUGUGCCCGUUUCUCUACCCUGCUUAGAAAAUGAUCCUGCUCACCUAGACUCUCUGAACAAAGCAGAGGCUGAUCUUCCCCCACCCCCUGCAAACUGUCUUGCACCUAACGCCACAGUGUCCUGUACUUCUGACCUGCAGAGUGACCUGCCAGCACCUCCUGACUGUCUGGACGGUUCAGUCGCUGAUGCAGGACUGAACAGUGACCUGCCUCCACCUCUAGAGUUCCCCACAGAGCCUGCUACUCGAGAAGUAGAGAACAAGACCAAGGUUAACCCGUACUCAGUGAUUGACAUCACCCCCAUCCAGCAGCAGAUCUCCUCCCAGCUCUCUUCAUCUCCAUCCAAAGACAAUGAAGGGAAUUCCCAGGAAUCACCCAGCAGCCCUAAUGUGCCCUCUGGCUAUUCUGUGCCUGUACCCUGCGGCUACGCCACCCCCUCCAACGUGCCCAUAAUCACGCCCGCCUACACCACGCCCGUCAUCAUCAGGCACUUCUCUGUGGACGAGGACGUGACUGUGGUGGGAGCAGGGAACGUUUUAACAGACAGUGCCUUCAGUGAAGAGUAUCCAGUGAUAAGGGAGGAAGAUGCUUUAACCAAAUGGGUUUCUGACCCUGCUAACACAGCCUGGAUGGAGAAUCCAGAUGAAGUUAUUUAUGACGAUGUGCCGAGAGAGAAUUCUGGAUCCACUACAGACCCCGAUGAAAUGAUCUACGAUGACGUGGAGUUGGGGGAGGAGGGUGGCAGCAGUUCUCUGGAUAACGGCUGGAGCUCCAGUGAGUUUGAGAGCUAUGACGAGGGCAGUGAUGCUGAGAACGGUCACGCUGAGAACGGCCUCCCCAGCGCCUUUGUCCGCGGACGCCCACCGAACAAGAAAACACACCUCUCUCAAGAUCUGACGCGUUUGAAAGAGCACUAUGAGAAAAAGGUGAGAGAUCUAAUGGCAAACGCAGUGGGGACAGUAGAACUCCAGCAGCUCAGACACAAACAUGAGCAGAAGAUGCAAAAGCUGGUGAAGGCAGCUAAGCACGGGACCAAGGACGGCCUGGAGAAAACCAAAGCUGCAGUGAAGAAGGGCAAGUCCUUCAUUCGGACCAAGUCUUUCUGCCAAGAGAGGAAGAUGUCCCAUUUUGAGGAAGAAGAGUCUGAGCUCUUUAUCGAGGUGGAGUGUUUUAAUGUGGAACCAGUGUUAGGCCCCGCCCCCGAGGGCCUCUCUCAGCAACAGGUGGUCAGAAGAUGCAUUCUGGAAUCAAUAUUAGAAAGUGAGAAGAACUACUUGGAGGCACUGAAGAGAAUACUUGAGCAGUAUGAAAAGCCUCUGCUGGAGAUCGAGCCGCGGAUGCUGAGUGAGAGAAAGUGUAAGAUGGUGUUUUAUCGCGUGAGGGAGAUCCUGCAGUGUCACGCCCUCUUCCAGAUCGCUCUGGCCAGCCGAGUGGCAGACUGGGACAAUCUGCAGACCAUCGGAGACGUGUUUGUAGCCUCGUUCUCCAAGUCCAUGGUGCUUGAUGCCUACAGUGAAUAUGUGAAUAACUUCAGCACAGCCAUGCAGGUGGUGAAGAAAGCCUGUGCAUCUAAACCCUGCUUCCUGGACUUCCUUAAGCAAAGGCAGGAGUGCAGCCGUGACCGGGUCACUCUCUAUGGUCUCAUGAUGAAACCUAUUCAGAGAUUCCCCCAGUUUAUACUACUUCUACAGGACAUGCUGAAGAACACUCCGGUGGGUCAUGCUGAUCGGCUGCCCCUGCAGAUGGCUCUCACUGAGCUGGAGACUCUGGCUGAGAAACUCAAUGAGAAAAAGAGAGAAGCUGAUCAGCGCUGUGAGAUCAGACACAUCGCCAAGGCCAUGAAUGAGCGCUACCUCAACAAGCUCCUGAGCAGCGGCUCCAGGUAUCUGAUCCGCUCUGAUGAUGUGGUCGAGACGGUGUAUAACGACCGCGGUGAAAUCAUCAAGACCAAAGAGCGACGACUGUUCCUACUCAACGACGUGCUCAUGUGUGCCACGCCCAACCUGCGAUCUCCUCAGGAAGUUGUAGGUGGUGUUAUAAGUGGAGGACUUCCUUCAGGCCAGCACUUUCUGUUGAAAUGGAGCGUUCCUCUGAGCCUGGUGGAGCUGGUGGAGUUCGGCUCCUCAGAAGAGAUCGGAGACUCUGCCCGAUUCCCGGCUCCUCACUCUGGAGACAAAGUUGUCAUCAACGCCAAGCCAAAUAAGUUAUAUGUGGGUCCAGGCCAGCUUUAUCAGGACCUGCAGAACCUGAUCCACGAUCUCGGCCUCGUCAAUCAAAUCUCCUCCAUGAUCGGCAGCCUCAAGGGAAACUACCAGAAUGUAAAUGGGACAGUAGCACAAGACUGGGUCUCAGGUCUUCAGCGUCUCAUCCUUAAGAAAGAAGAGGAGAUCAGGGCUGCAGACCGCUGCCGUAUCCAACUACAGUUACCGGGGAAACAGGACAAGUCAGGCAGACCCACAUUCUUCACUGCGGUUUUCAACACGUUCAGCCCUUCCAUCAAGCAAGCGUGGAUCAGUAACCUGCAGAUGGCCAAGCUGGCCCUGGAGGAGGAUAACCUGCAGGGCUGGUUCUUUGCUGAAGAUGAUAGUAACCAGAUAAAGAAACAGAAGCAUCCUCUCCUCCUAAAGCACAUGCCUGUGGUCAUGUCCAGACUGCAGGAGUUUAAGGUGGAAUGUGCAGUUCAUAACCCAGAGCCACAUAUUAACAGUGAAAGCACAGCGGACAUGCCUGCCGUGGGUCACGGAUGUGUCUGGGUGGCCAGCUGCACCAAUCAGAUGGGUCAGAUUGCCAUUGUGGCCAUGCAGAACUCCAGUCCGAAGGUGACCGAGUGCUUUAACGUGGAGUCACGAAUUCUGUGUAUGACCUAUGUGCCCAUGGAUGAGUCCCUGGUGGACGGCGAGGGAAACGCAGAUCACGGUGCCCAGUCCAGGGUUGGUGAUACACCCACGGUGUGUGUAGGGAUGGAGGAAGGGAGUAUCUCUGUCUAUAAGAGCAGUCAGCGCUCGAAGAAAGUCCGUCUGCAGCACUUCUUCUCUCCGGACAAGUCCACAGUCACGUGUUUGGCCUACAAGAGCCCAUUUCUGUACGCUGGGCUGGUCAGCGGCUCUCUUGCAGUGUACUCCAGAGCAUCAGACGGCCUAUGGGAUCCAUCCAGUGUACAGUUGCUGAAGCUCGGGGUUCUGCCGGUGAAGGCUCUGCUGGCUGUAGGGGAGCAUGUGUGGGCAUCUUCUGGAGGCCAGGUCUUUAUCAUCAACACCAACACACACUCUGUGGAGCACCAGUUGGAGGCUCAUCAGGAUGAGGGUAUGGUGGUAUCUCAGAUGGUGGUGGCUGGAGUGGGCAUCUGGAUCGCCUUCAGCUCUGGCUCUACACUCAGACUCUUCCAUACUGAGACACUGGAACACCUACAGGACAUCAACAUCGCCACACCCGUCAACAACAUCUUAUCAGGUCACCAAAGGGUCUCAGUGAGCAGUCUGCUGGUUUGUCACGGUUUGCUGCUGGUGGGGACGAAUCUUGGUGUGACCGUGGCCCUGUCUGUGCCCAGGCUGCAGGGAAUCCCGAAGGUCACAGGGCGAGGCAUGGUGUCCUUCCACGCUCAUUAUGGUCCUGUGAAGUUCCUCACUGCAGCCCUGCCUGUGUGUAACCUGCCCCAAACCACCACAGCUCCAACUGCCCUCAGUUCAUCCAGCCAGUGUGGUCCUCCAGAAGAGGAAAGGCCAGGCUCUGCUCCAGCAGUGUCCAGUGACAGAGGCGUGUGGCUGGGCGACAGCAGCAGCAGCUGCACCCCCGGCCCUUGCUCUGGCUCAGCUCCAGUCCUCCAGGACACGCUCUCCUCCUCCUGCGGCUCUCUGGCCACGUCACACAGCUCUCUGGAGCACGGCCCGGAGGACGGGAGCAUCUACGACCUUCUGAACGACCCUGCACAAUCCCAGAAGGCCAAGCGAGCGCAGCGGGUGGACGUGAGCUCGAUAAUGGUGGUGUCUGGUGGGUUGGGGCACCGUCGGGUCAACAGGAAGACCAAACAGUCCAGACACGAGGAGAGUGUGUCCACCAUCAUGGUGUGGCAGAUUCCUAUACUUAACGCAUGAGUCUGAAGAUGGAGAUAAAGGUUGGUGAUUUAAUGCAUUACUUAGGGCAUGACUGAUGGGCUCUCUGUCCCUUGCAGUGCAUUUGGAGGCAUUUUCCUGGUCUGUGGUGUAGAAAGGGUUGAUGCUGAAUGAAAGGGAAACAGUGCUACAAGGUGGGACUGAAUACACAGUUUUAAUCGAUGCUCAUUCUCCAGUGCUGCCGGCAGCAGUGACAUCAGCAGUAUAGCCACUUACGCUCUCGUUGGAAGUUGGACCCCUUCAAGUUACUUGAAAUACAAAAUGCUUUUGAUGGCAAUUGGAAGUUGGACAGAGGAAGUGCUGCAGUAUGACUCCAGUAAUUGUGCUUUUUUUAAGUGUAAAAGCAGUCUGAAGUGAAGUAGCACUGCUAAUGCUAAUUAUCCCUAUGCAUCUCCAGCUGCUGCAUGCAUGCCAUGCUGUGUGUUUACCUUGAAAUCAAAUUCAAGGUAACUCCACUGCAUUAUGAGUUCUGAAAGAUGUGUUACUCAGUAUAUUGUAAGGGAUGUUUACAGGACACACUUAUUAAAAAUAAAGGUGCUAUGAAAGACUAUUUAAGGAAUGCCAUAGCAGAACAAUUUGUGGGGAGCUUUGAGUGUAAAUUUUAUGAAAUAGGUAAACCUUUACAAAAGCUCUUUUACAUAUACGAUGCAUCUCAGUUGGAUAUGACACACUAACACAAUAAGGUAUUUACUGUAUACUUUUUUGGUAGGUAUUUGUAGUGCAGGUUUGACAGGUUAAUACGCAAAAUAUUAAUGUAAUAACCAGUUUUGUACGAAGAAUAGCUUUUUCUAUUCCAACAUACAGCACUGCAAGUUCUUCAGUGCAACUAAAGUGCAGCUAAACAUGCAUUAUCAUCUUAUUGUUAUUAAUACAAAAUUAUUAUGCAUCAUAAUAAUUAAGUAUACUCAGUUUUGACACUUUAUCUAUGCUACAUACUACAAAUUACAUACUCAAAAGUUUGUUAAUAUUUAUAAUUAGUGCGCAAUUUGUGCAUUAACUCACCCAUUCAACUCUUACAGGUUCUUACAAGUUAUUCUAUGGCAUCGAUUAAAUAACUUUUAAUAGUACCUUCAUUUUUUUGAAUGUAGAUCUGUCACGUUCUUCUUGGUAGAUUUGUUUGCCCAAAGAUUCAGACUUCAAAACUUUAAGACUAGAGCUUCCAAGAUCAAGACAUACCAGCUCUAGUUUCACCUUUACAUACAAAACCAAAAAGCUGUCUGAUAUUUUCUGUUAGGAAGGACGUGUCUGGAAUAUCUGGCUGGCCAGAUAUAGAAUAUUCCUUUUGUUCCUGAAAAUGAGUGGAGUUAACCAGUCCUAUCAGACAUUCCUAAAUUAAUUUAGUCACGUAUGGGUAUUUAAUAUGACUGAGAGAGCUUUAUAAGGAUGCCAUUCAGUAUAUAUGUCUCUUCUGUCUUUUAACAAAUAUUGAAAUAGUUUUGUCCCACUUUUUGUUUUCUUGUGUUUUUCUUGUAUUUGUCUGAUAACUAAUGUCUCAUAAUCAUGCUUUUCUUACCUGCACCAAAACUGUAACACGUUUGUUUUUAGAUUUGUUUCUUUUAUUUGCACCAUUAUUUGUAUUAUUUUAGCAUCAUGCACAUACAUCUCUUGUCAAAUCAUGAAACCUGAAGGGAUCUAAGGUGAUUUCUGUUACCCUGAGGCCUUAAACAAGGAUUAAAAAGGUGAUAUAGGAGGUUGUGUAAAACCAAAAAAGUGUGGAAAUGUGAAUAAUAUUAAAUAAUUUCCCUCUGA